AUGGAGAGAAAAAGUGGACAAAGUAAAUAUAUGCAUUUUUUGCCUAUAAUUAAUUCACAAACAAAAUUAAAUAUAUUAGAAAAAAACAAUGUUUUAGAAAAGGUUCAUAUACUACCAAUAAAAAAAAGAAGUUCAAAUUUUCAUGAAUUAUACAAUAAAUUGAAUAAAUUAAUUAAUGAAAAAAAUAUAUUGUACGAAGGGAUUGUUAUUAGCUUAAAAGAUGGUUCUGAAAGUUCCGACUUGAAAAUAAGCAAAAUUCCUCAUAUAAAUGAAAAAGAAGAAAGCAUAAAAAUAAAAAAUAAAAUAAAUAAUGAUGAUGUUUUUGGAAUUGAUAAAGUUUCAACAGAUGAGAGCUCUGCUGAUGAAAAUCAGACAUUUGAUGUAGACAUUCCUUUAAAUGAUAAUGAUGAAAAUAAUAAAAACAUAAACAAUAUUAAUUCAGACAUUUUUAAAAAUAAAAAGGAUAAUGGUCAGAAAGAAAGCAUGCCACAAUUACUUGACAAUAAUGUCGAUUAUGUUAUUAUUAAUUGCAUACCAUCAAAGGGUAUACUUAAUCAUGAUACCUUAAUUUAUACUGAUGGUAAAUAUGUUGAUUAUUUAAAAAAAAUCGAAAUAAUAAUAAUAAAUGAUAUAAAUUAUAAAAAAUAUGAGAAAAACAUUAAAAGAAAAUUUAUUUCUUUAAAAAAAAUGAUAAUUAAAAAGAGUAAUGAAUUUUUUAAUGGGGCUAUGUCCUUAUUCCCAUUAUAUUUUAAUUUUAUUCCUGAAUUGUGCAUGUCAAAAAAUAGAAAUAAAGUUUCAAAAAAUGAACAGUGUUCUAUAGAAAAGAUAAUCAAUCUUAGCACUUCUGACGAAUACAAUACAAAGAAAAAAGAGACAAAAAAAAUAAAUAAAAUUCAUAAUAUUAUAACACAAAAAAUUUUGACGGCUCAUUUAAUUCCUUAUUUCAAAAACAACAGAAAUAAAUUAUUUUACCCUGGAAAAUUAUUUAAUGUAUAUAAUUUUUCUUUUCUAGUUUCAAAAAUCGAUAUCGAUAUAAGUGCUGGUUUUAUUGACGAUUUAACUGAAAUAAACCUUAGAGUUGAUGGAUGUGAAGCAUAUACCAAUGUACAUAUUGUUCCUCUUUAUGAUACCUUACCAACAACAUAUAACUAUAAUUUGUUUAUAGAUUAUAUAAAGCCAUAUAUAGAGAAAAAUUAUUUAAACACUUUUUCUAUUUAUGAUACAUUUUUUUAUAGAGGUGUACAAUUUAAAAUUAUGGGGGUAGACCCAAUUGAUAUCAAAUGUGGAAAAGGAAGAAUAAGUGCUAAUACAUCAAUUUAUAUUCAAGGUUCAGUUAAACCAACAUUUUUUGAUGUAAUAUCAAAUAAAUCAUUUAAUUAUAUUAAAUCAUUACCAUUUGAAUAUAAGCCUUAUGCAAUAUUAAAUAUUUUACAGCACCUCGAUACUGAUUCAUUAUUAAGAUUAUUUCCGUCUGCAAAUACAAAUAUGGAAUUUUCUACAAAAAAUGAACAAAAUAUAUUAGAUAAUUUAGCUCCUCUUAUGUAUAUAUAUAAUAAAGAAAACAUUUCUUAUGGUUCAAAAUUGGAAAAUAAGAGUUUAUUCCAAACAUCAAACAGUGGCGAUUCAAAAGAUAUUAUAAUUGAACAGAGCAACGCACAUCGUGAAAUUAAUAACAAUAUUGAUAAAUCUGGUAACGAUUUUGCGAAUAAAAAAUGUUCAAGCAAAAUAGACAACAAUAUAAUAAAUGAACAAUGUGUAGUUUGUUUUGAGCAUUUCAUAAAUAAUGAUAAAUGUAUUAAAUUAACUUGCUUCCAUACAUAUCAUUGGAAAUGUGUACAGAAUUGGUUCAGGUUUAAUUUGACCUGUCCCUGUUGUCGUCAUAAAUUGGACAUUUAA